AUAUUGAUGAACCUGGGUUUUGCAUAGCACCAUUUUUCUCCUUAUUAAACCCAAAGCAAAGAUCAACCAACGCUACCACAGUAAAUCCGGCAGCUCAUAUCGUCUCCUCUAGAAUUCAACAAUAGAGACUAGAGAUGGCAGUUGCGACCAGUAUAAAGAAAUGGGUGGUGCUGUAUCCUGUUUACAUAAACUCCAAGAAGACAAUUGCGGAGGGAAGGCGAAUUUGCACGACGAAAGCAUGCGAAAAUCCGACUUGUCUUGAGAUUGGUGAUUGCUGCAGCCAUUUCAAACUCCCUUAUGCUAUUGAGAUUGACAAAGCGUAUCCACGCGAUUUCAUGCAAAUAGGGAGAGUGAGAGUUUUGCUGAAAAGGGAAGACGGAACUUUGUGCAAUCCUGCCAUUGCUACCAGAAAACAGCUAAUGCUUCAUGUUGCCGAGUUGGUGCCUCGGCAUCCUGGGAGGACUAAGAAGCAGGAACCUGCAUCCACAUCAAAUGCUGGAACGUCCAAGUCCGGAAAAGGUGGGAAAAAGAAGAGAUGAUAGGUCUAAUAUUCCGAAUGCAUUUGAACAUUUUCUCGGCUGCUUAGCAAAGGCUUUCCUUGUAAUAGAUUUUUAUCAGUGAAUUUGAGUUCUGCUGAUAUUGCCUUUUACAUUUAUAUACACAUUGCAGAUUUUAUUCCCUUCUA